AUGGAUGGCAAAGUGCCUGAAAGCCUUUCCUGGUACUACCUCGACAGUGUCCAGAAGGAGUUUGGACCAUUCGCACAAACGACAAUGCGAGAUUGGUUUACGCAGGGUUUCUUCCCCAACGGCGAGGAACUGAUGAUCAGGUUGCCUCACUGGGAACGCCAUGUCGCCUUGAAGAUGGUGUGGCCUGAUGUUUCAGAGGCUUUCCUUGCUAUGCCACGAUCAUCUCCGCCGGGACCACCUCCACAGGUGGGAGACGCGGAAGGCUUCGAUUCGUCCCUGUAUGGCGAUCUACAAUCUGGCAUGGCUGUCGCUAGGAGUCCAUCCGAAGAUCAGUCUCAAUAUCUUGCACCCGACAUGUCGCAGAUGGGAGGGAUGCUGUGGGGAGCAGGCGGUCAAGUGGAUGGACGUGCCCCCGGAGCCCCCGGGAAUGGUAUGCUAGGUAUGCCCGGGGAGUUUAUGGAGGGAGUGCCGCCGAGCGGUGGCAUUCGACCCAUGAGCAAUCAACUGGUGCCCGGCGGCAUGCAGCCCGGUGGCAACAUUGUGGCAAUGUCUCCAAUGCCUCGUAUGGUGCCAGGUGCACACCCAGAAGCUGUCAUGGCGCAAGGAUGCCCAGUUGAUGGACAAUAUCCCAGCUACUCCAGCUUCGGGCCUGGGAUGAUUCUGCAGCCCAUGCAGCCUUUCCCUGGCACCCAAGUGCACCUGGUUCCUGUAGCAUCAGCUGCCGCCGGUGGCAAUACCCGCUUCCGUGGCAGAAUAAAGUCUUUUAAUGCGAAGCAAGGAUUCGGCUUCAUAGAGAACCCGGAGGCAUAUGGAAUCUUCGGCAGGGAUGUCUUCCUCCACAAGGCACAAAUUGGCAACCUCAAGGUCGGGACCGAGGUGACCUACACGGUUGAGAUGAAUAAGUUCGGAAUGCCGCAGGCGCGCGACCUGGCCACGCUUGAUGGGAAACCUCCUGGCCCUCCGCCUGCGAGCGUUGUCAAGGGGGGAUCCAAGCCGAGACCAACCGGCAAGAAGAAGAAGGAGGAAGACGCCGCCGCGCCGAAGAAGGCAGCUGCCAAGGGGCUGGGGGCGCCAGCAGGUGAUGCGAACAGCGGUGAAGCACUCGACGCUGCGGCGCCCGCAGCUGCUCCAGCCGUUGCUCCAGCAGCUGCUCCCGCGGCUGCUCCCGCGGCUGCUCCCGCUGCCACCCCUGCUGGCUCCAACGAAGGCCCUGCAGAUGUGAGCGCUCCGUGA